CGGCAGAACACCGCUCCCCCUUCACCUGGCAAGCUCCGGUUAUGAUCGGAUAUCGGAACGGAAUCUCAAGCUUGCGCCUGCGAUAAUGGCCUGGCAAUAACAACCCAGCAACUCAUUCUUCCCUUCUUCUGUGAGACCAUGUCCCGCGCCUCCAAGCUCACACUGCUGGGCACUUCGCUCUUCGCUCUGGGCACCGUUGUCCUGGUGCACUACCAGCAAAAAGCAGAGCAAGAUGCAAUGCACCAGGGCGUGAUCCGCGACGUGGAGCAGCAGCGACUGAAGCGCGAGCGGCAAGCCGACUUUGACCUUCAGCGGGCGCUCGAGGCCGAGUACAAGAAGGAGCAGACGGUGCGGGACAGCACGGCGGAGAUGGCGGCGCCGACGAGGGGGAGGUAGUUAGCGGCUGUCCCGUCCUCUUGGGUCCAUGGGAGGGGUGGUGGAGGCUCGGAAGGCACGGGAUGGAGGAGGCUGCUGCUGCUCGCAUACCUACGCUCACGAUGUGAUGCCGGGGAGAGGAUGGAAAGGGGAGUGGUGCCUGUGAGAAAGAACCGCCGAGCAUGCUGGACAACGGCUAGGUGCAAAAAGCCUUACCCUCUGGGACUCGGGUAGAAGAAGGAUACCCUGACACAUUACUAGUAGCUACUGCAGUGUACGAUACGUGUACGGCACGAGUGUAACGAUCAACAUCGCAUCGACCA